GCCCUGCUCGUGUUCGUGGCUCUCUCCCUGUGCCGGGAUGAGCUCCGCUGGCUCCUGCUUCACUGCGGGGGGGGGGCUCGGGGCAAGGCCCCGGAGGAGCCCCCGGACGGGCGGGUCCCCGAGCUCCUGCUCCUGGUGCUGCGGCUGCGGGCGCUGGUGCGGGGCCACGCGGGGCUCCUGCGGCGCCACCACGGGGGGGUCCUGGCGCGCUGCGAGGCCCCGCGGAUCAGCGACAUCGUCCAGGACCUCUCUGUGUGUCCCGAGGAGGAAUCCCUCAUCCUCUCGUCCUUCGUCACCUCCCUCUCGGCGCUCCCACUUCAUGACAUCGAUGACCAGGAGCACUUUGACUUCACCGCGCUCCGCCUGGAUUGGUUCCGGCUCCAGGCCUACACGAGCGUUGCGGGGGCCGCGGUGCCGCGGGGCUGCGUUGCGGCCGUGGCUCGGGCCAUGAACCCCAUCGUGUUCCGCACCAAGCUCCUGGACUCCCUGCCCCAGCUCCUGGACGAGGUCUCCGACCUCUCCGACCUCUGCUUCUUUCCUCGCCCCAUGGAGAAGAUGUUCCUGUCCACGCUGGAGGAGCCCUCGAUGCUCCGCUACAGCAUCGCCUUCCCCUUGCUCUGCAGCCACUUCUCCCACUGCCUCCACCCCAUGUGCCCCGAGGAGUAUCCCCACCUGAAGGCAGCAGCCCUAGGGAUGUGCAAUAGGUACCUGGAGGAGAUGGCUCGCCGGGCCAGCUCCUGCAUCCUGGAUGCUUGUGCUGAGCAGCACAGGCUCAGCGAGCAGCUGCUGCCCAAGCACUGCGCCUCCACCCUCAGCAAGGCCCGGGGCAAGCAGAGCCUCAAGCAAGGAGCCAAGAAAGGGGAGAGCGAGAGGGAGAAACCCGGGGCUGAGAGCCAGAGGAGGGACCGGAGCCUGAGCACCAACCUGGACAAACUGCACCAGGCCCUGUCCGAGCUGUCCCGGAGCUUCGGCCACGCGCCCGCCUUCAGCGUCUUCGAGCACACGGUGACCCCGGGGGAGUACCUGGGCCGGCACCUGGAGACCCGGCUCAGCCGAGCCAUCGUGGCCCUGGCAGGCUACAACCAGAGCCCCCAUGCUGUGACCCGGCCCUCGGAGGUCCUGGCUGGGCUCCGCUCCUACGUGGGCUCCAUCCAGACGUGGGGCCGGGCGCUGGGCUUGGACCCGGGGCGCCUCAUCCGCAGCGUCCUCCUGCAGCAGACCCAGCCCCGCGAUGGGGCCGGCGAGCCCACGCUCACCUCCAUCUACACCAACUGGUACCUGGAGGCUCUGCUGCGCCAGGCCAGCACCGGCGCCGUGCUCCUGGCCCCCUCCAUGCAGGCGUUCACCGUGGGGCAGGGCCGGGGGGACCCCGGCUUCGACCCUGCCGAGUUCUCGGAUGUGACCGAGAUGCGGGCCCUCGCCGAGCUCCUGGGUCCCUACGGGAUGCAGUUCCUGAGCGCCAACCUGCUGUGGCACGUGGGCUCGCAGCUCUCCGAGCUCCAGAAACUGGUGGCCCAGAACAUGGACGUGCUGCUGCAGCUGCGCGCCCGCUGCCGCCGGACCGGGGACCUGGGGGCCCUGCUGCCGCGGCUCACAUCGGCCGAGAACGUCCUGAAGCGCAUGAUCAUCAUCGGCGAGAUCCUGAGCUUCCGCGCCCUGGCCCAGCAGGGCCUGCGGGAGGUCCUGUCCCACCACUGCCCCUUCCUGAUGGGCCCCAUUGAGAGCCUGAUGGAUACUGUGACCCCAGAGACCGACAUCCAGGUCACCCUGAGCCUCUUCGAGCUGGCCUCGGCUGCGGGCAUCCCGUGCGAGGUGGACCCUGCGCUGGUCAAUGUCCUCGCUGGCAGAGAGACCGGUACUGAUGGCUGGUUCCUCCCAGAGGAGCAGUCCAAGCUCUGCUCCCUGCUCCUGCUCUUCGUGGCCGUGGCCCUGCCCCUGCUGGCCUCCGACCCCACAUCCGCCUGCAGCCCCGAGCUGGACGGCUCCCCCAACAACCUGCACUGCCUGGCCACGGCCAUCGCCCAGCUCUCGGCCGCCCUCUUCACCCUCCACAAGGAGGACAUCGAGGGGCACCUCAAGGACUUCCUGCUGGUGGCCUCCAGCAGCCUCCUGCAGCUGGGGCAGGACACGGAGGGGGUGCGGGCGCGGAGCCGCGACUCCAUCGCCCUGCUCCUGCAACUGGUGGGUGCCAAUGGGUGCUAAGGGGUGGUA